AUGUCAAAUUUAGAAAGACUUGAGUUGUGUCUUAUUGUUGAUGAAAGAAAAACAUUUUUUGAUGGUUAUGAUUUUAAGAUGAAUAUUAUUAAUCAUAUGUCACGAUUAAACAAAUUCAUAUUUAAUAUUCUUUCAUCAAGUCGUUUUUAUAAUGAAGCUAAUUUACAAUCAAAUGAAUACAUUCAAAAGACAUUCAGCGAUUUUACAGAUAAACAAAUUAUCUAUUGUGCUGAUUAUUUUCCAACAAAAAAAAAAGGUCAAUGUCAUAUUUAUUCAUAUCCAUAUACACUGAAAUAUUACGAUGAUAUAACAAAUAAUUUUCCAGGUGGAAUAUUUAAAUGUGUUCGUGAAGUGUCCUUAUUUGAUGAACGCCCUUUUGAGCAUGAGUUUUUUCUUCGAAUCGCUCAAUCAUUUCCAUUGAUGGAAAAAUUAACUGUAGUUAAUCGAAAACGACAAAUUAAUAAACAAUUUAGGAAAUCAAAGAUUGAAAAUGAAGAUUUAUCAAUCAUUAAAUAUCCUUAUCUUACAGAACUUCAUCUUAUUCAUACUUGCAAAGAUUAUCAUGAACAAUUCUUAUUCGAUACCAAAACAUGUUUGCCAUUUAAUGUUCAUGUUUGUAUGAAUUAUGAGCUAGUGAAAAAAGUGACACGCAAUUUUAGAAGAAAUACAACACGAAGUAAUUGUGCCAAAAUGAAUUACGUAUAUUUAUCUAGAAAACUACAAUUUCCUGGAGAUUUAGACAAUUUUUCUCCUAGAAAACAACAAUUUCCUGAGCAUAUAAAAGACUAUUUUCCGCAUGCGGAAAUACAUUGAUUAUUAGUAAUUUGUUAUUCAAAUAAAACAUUAACUAAAGCAGAUUGAUUUAUAUAAAAUUAAAGCGUUUAAAGAAUCAUGAAGAUAAUAAAGAAUACCGGUUGAAAACAGCUAUUGAAUGGCACAUUAUUAUUGCAAAUGAAAAUAUGCUGUGUGUCUGUGCAUAUACUUCAGAAAAAAAUCAAAAUGAAAUUACAAUUAAAAAGCAAAUAUGUUUUAAGUAAUAGUAUAGAAAGAGUUUUUUUGUCUAAACAAUAUAAACAACAGACUCGUAAACUAUUUGUAAGAAUAAAUAGUUUGUGUAACUAACAUUAGAUGAAGUCGAACAAGUUUUUGAUGUAGAACUGCUUAUUAUGAGAGCUAACGGAGAGGAAUCUGUUUAUAUUACUCAUGCUUUACGGGCACAAAAUGAAGAUUAAAAUGUGUGACAGUUUUCCUUUCUUCUUACGCAUUGUGCUACAUUAUGGCCAACAUUAUCGUUCUAUUGUAAAAUGUAUUUCUUCAGAAGACGGAGCUUCAAAGACGCCUCUAACGUAAGUGGAAGAAUAUGUACGCACAUAUUGCCAAGGUGCUUCAAAUCUAACGUAACUCUUAUUUUAUUGAUUAAGAGUUAGAGUAAUACUAUUCUUUUAGUUUGUCAUUGGUCUCCCUAAAAUGACAUCAUUUCUUGACAUAAGUAUGUAGUUUUCCUAUGACGUGUUCUUUCGGUUUAAGUUUACCGAAUGUAAAGUUGUAAUUAUUUGUGUUAAAAAGCACAUGCGAAAGUAAAAAUGUUCUGUAUAUUUAAAUCAAUCAGUUAUCUGUAGGCUGUAUGAACAAAGCAAAAAGUGAUGACUGAAUAGAUAGGGUGACGACAGAUGUUCACUGUGCAGUCUUUAAUAUUAUGAUUAGUGACAGAAAUACAAGAUCUUUUAUUAUUAUAUUAUCUGUAAAUAAUAAUUUUUGCAUUAUCUUAUUGGGUUUAUUUCUUUAGUAAUAUGAAAAGAUAUCAAAACGAAUUUUGAGAAAUAUUCUCAAAUUAUUAUGUGAAAGAAUGCGAGACAAUGUCACCUUCUGGAUUUCUAUAUCGAAUAAAACAGGCAAAAAUAUGACUGAAAUGCAAGUAGAAAGUAAAAUCGACUUGAAUUUAAAAUAAAAACCUUUCUUUCAAAAAACGUUCUUCAAAAAUUAUGGCAAUUUUUAACAGAUUUUCUUUCACUCGAGUUUAUGUAUUCCUAAUAUGAUAAUAUUAUUCAUAACAAUAGUUCUGUUCCAAUGAAGAUUUUCAGUUUUUAUUUUAUUUUGAAAAGAUUGUUUUGGUACUUUUUGAGAAAUAAAGAUAUAAGGUAUUGGCUAACGCCUGAGACAUGUUGAUUUGAACUAAUUGUCAAAUAAUUUAGUGAGUAGUACAAUGCUUGUUUUAAUCAAUCCAAAACAAGUUUAUUAAAUUUAAGCUCGUGUCAAUGAUUAUUUGGUCUUGUCUUUAUCGAAUAGAAAAUUCAUUUCAAUUAGAAAAUGAAUAUGUUUUAUCUACUUUCACUUUCUCAAUUAGAAUCAAAAAGAUUCGAUUAUUAAAACCUCUAUUUUGCUUACAAUAGAUUAUUUUUUCAACAUUUCAAUAUGUCAGUUUCUUCUUUUUCUCUAUAAUUAGAAAUAAUCAAUACAAUGAAAAUUAAUUUUUAUCCAUUUAACUUUUCUGAUCGGCAAUCGACUAUCCCGCUCUCAGAUCGUAUACGAGUGAAAGAAAGGUCUCCAUUUAUUUUAGACCAUGCCUGUUUGCAUGAAGAUAAACAAUAAUUCUUCUUGGACAACGUAACCAGGACGCAUGAAGGAUAUGGAUCAUAUCUGACUUUUUUUUCUUUUCUCUGUCGAAAUAUCACUCGUCUCUCUAUCUUUUUGUUUUCAAACUUCUUUUGAGUUGUCCGUAUGUGAAACAUCCAUAGAAACAAAGAGUUUGUGCUCAUGGAUAUAAUCCUCUUGUA